UUGAAAACAAGGGUUCUAUAAAAUUAAAAAAAAAAAAAUAAAAAAAUAAACAAGAAGAAAAAAGUUUUGAAAGUUUUAAAGAAAACAUGAAGAAUGCCUCUUAUGUUGUAUUGUUUUUAAUAAUCUUUCUUGCUGGAACUCAGUCAGUUUUAUCAGGUUGUACUAAUGAUAGUUCUACAGACUUCCAAUUAACAGCUAGUGGUUACCAUGUUGAAUCUAAUAUUUCAUGUGUUAGUGUUUGCAACUCAUAUAAUCCACCAAUUUUUUUUUAUGCUUUUUAUCUUGAAGGACAACUAUGUUUUUGCAGAAACGCUUCUCUUCCUCAGUUAAAUUUAUCUAACUUUAAUAGUCCUUGUGUGACAAGUACAUGUUUAAGUGAUAACUCUACUUCCGAUUGCUUUUUAAGCAGCUAUGAAGUGUUGCCGCUCACAUUAGGUAUUGUUGAGUGGAACAUAACUUUUAGUCCUGGCGUAUUACUUGUUGACGAUGAAAUUCAAAUACAAACCAAUAUUCUAAAAGGUGAUGCGUCAAGUGCAUAUGUAAGACCAGUAUCAAAUAACCUACCAUCCGAAGUUCAAAGAGUCAAUGGUUUGACAGUAAAAAGGCAUUUUUUUUUACCUGGUUUACAGCAGUGGUCACAAGAAAUAGGAAAUAUCUUCACAAUCCCUUUUAUUGCUACAAGAUGGAUACAAAUUGAUGAAAAAGUUGGUGGCAUUUACAUAAUACCAUCUUUUGUUUCAGUUGAUGGUUUCUACAAUUUUUUUUUGGUUAUCACGCAAGGAACAAACAUAAGUGUAACUCUCUCAAUUGCUAUGGAAAAACCCUUAUUUUUUAAUGCAGACAUUAUUCGGUUGUCGUAUGGAUUUGAUUUGUUUUCAAUUUAUAAUUCUUCUGGAAAAUUGUGCAGCCUUUCAGAAGGUUUUAUUUUAAAAAAAGUUGUUUUGACCUCUGGUCGCUUAACAAAAUUGAAAUUAAAAGUCUCUGAUGUUGGAACUUUAGAAAUUGCUAUUUUGAGACCCAUAUGCAGUAAUUCUACCACCUUUUGUUCUUUUACCAUGGAUUGUGCUACUGACUGUUUUUCAACAGACUUAAUAGAAGAUGAAGUUGUUCCACAAAAUUCAUCCACAAUUACAACUUUAGUUGUAACUAAAUUUAUCUUUCUGUUAAAUGAUACUGGAAUUAUUGAAAUACCUAUCCAAAAUAACAAUAAUGAGAUUCAAGAAAGUGACAUGAUUUGGAUUGGUGGAAAUGCUAGUUUAUUUUGUAAUGGAGCAACCCAUGAACAUCUGCAAGGAGUGGAGGUUGGAAAAGAAAUCACAUUUAACACUAACAGCAUAACUAAUGAUGAUUUCUUUAUUUCAUUUUUUAUAACUAAACCAUUUGAGUGUUUGAUUCCAAUACCAUCUAAUACAACUGGCAUGUUAUACUUUACAGUUGAUGCUUCUAAUCAUGUCCCAUCUUUUCAGCAUCUGAACUAUUCAUUUAAUUUUCAGAUCCCUAUCUCUGGUUUGCGGUUUGCAGAAAAGAAACCAGUUUCAAAAUUUGUUGCUGGAUACAAACUUAACACUUGGGUAACGCUAAAAGCUGAGAUAGACAACGGAUCACAUGUUACAUACUCAUUUAGUAUACCAAAGCUUAAUUAUUCAAAAAAUAUAUCUAAUAAUAAUCAAGUUUAUUAUAUGUUCACCACUAUAGGUGUGUACACUGUGUAUUUGACAGCUGCUAACAAAGUUAAUUCACUUAAUACUUCAAUUGAUAUUGAAGUUUUAUCAGAAAUAAGUGGAGUAAAUUUAAUUAUUGAGAAAAGUCAACUACAAGAUAGUACCUUUAAUGCAGCCAUACAAAUAUUUAAUGGCACUAAUGUGCAGUUGUUAGUUGAUUUUGGUGAUGGAACACCUGUUACAAAUAUUUCAAAUAUUAAUGCAACUGGUUUGAAUGGUAUGACUUUCACUGUCACCCAUAUGUAUUCCACAUGCAAUAAUUUUACAAUUAAUGUCAGCGCAAUGAAUUAUUUUGUAAACGCAAAAGAAUUUAUAGACACUGCAUUGUUUACUAGUUUUACUGAUGUUGUAGUUUUUUGUUCACUGUCUCCAUUGAAUGUGAUAACAAAUCCAGUUGUUUCACUAAAUAAGUAUAUUUACUUAUCUCUCAGCAAAAAUAUAAUUUUAAACAUUAAUCAAAAUAAAGGUUCAUACAUGAUGUACUUAAUUGAUUGGGGAGAUGGUACUUAUGAAAUCGAAAAUCAAACCAUGAAUCAAAAUCCAGUUCCAUUUCAAAUACAACAUAAGUAUAAUAACGAAAACAACUACACUGUUAAUGUAACAUGUUACAACUUGUUGCAGAAUUCAAGUUUUUUGGUUCAAAUAGUAGUAAAAAAUUGCUCAGUGCCAGAGGUUAGUUUUUUUUAUGGAACUAUUACAAGUCCAAUGAAUAUUGUUCGAAGUAUUGGAGGUGAUAUAAUAGCAUUUGUUGAAAAUAUUGAUAGUUUUUGUAAACUUGAAAGUUUUAGUUUUAAAUGGAACCUUGCAAGUUCCACUUCAAAUACUUCUGUUAAUGGUUUUUUAUCCCAGCAAAAAGUUACUUACUCAAUUAAAAAAUAUUCACUUGAUAUUGGCUUUUAUAUAUUAACACUGCAUUAUAAUUAUGGACUUGUUACAAAUGUUUAUACUGCCUACAUAAAUAUUGUAUUUUCUCCAUUGUUUAUAGAAAUUGAUAAUGGAUUUUUUUCUUCUAUUGCUCAUAAAAAGAAAAUUGGAAAUGACACCUUGUACCAAAAUUUUACAAUAAGUGCAAAGUCUAGUUAUGAUCCAGAUGAUCCAACGAUUGGAACUCAAAAAAUCUCUUUUAAUUGGAAAUGUAAAAUUGCUUCAAAUUUUUCAUAUGCUCAAGAAAUAAUGGCAAACUAUAAAUCUUUGAACUUUACUUAUUUAAGUGACACAUGCUUUGAUCAAAAUUGGAUAAGCAUUCCGUCUAUUAAUUCAGAGGUAUCUUUAAGUACACAACAGUUUCUUGAGGGUAUAAGCUAUCAUAUUCAAGUAUGUGGAACAAAGUAUGUUGGGAAAGAUGUCAAGUCAUCAGACAAAAAUAAAACAGGUUGUUUCACUCAAGAACUUCAAAUUAUUGCUGGUGGAAUUCCGACAAUUGCUGUUAGAUGCAUAUCAAACUGUGAUGCAAAACUGAAUUUUAAAGAACGAACAAUUUAUUCAUAUACAUGUGAAGAUUGCGGUUCUCAAAAACUAUCAGCAGAAUGGAAAAUAACAGAUGAUGCUGGAAAUGUUCCUCUUGAAGUUAUGUCUCAAAAUGCUUCCACAACUGGCUUUUUGACCCCUAAUCUUGUAAUUAAUAAAAACAUUUUACUUAAAACAAAAAACUAUACAUUUACUUUAGUAGUUGGUUUCACAGAUUCAUUAAAACGAGUGACAUUUGAGUUUACAAAGACUACGUGUUCUCAGCCAUCAUCAGGGGUUUGUUACAUUAAUCCAACAGAUGGCUAUGCCCUCGAAACAUAUUUUAAGAUUGUUUGUUAUGAUUGGGAAGAUUUAGAUGGCUUCUUGAGCUACAAGUUUUUUUAUGAUAACAAUCAGUCACAGCAAAUGAAGCUUAGUAGUACAUCGACUGUUGAUUAUCCUAUGUUAAAUGCUGCAACCACAGAUCAACCUAGCUUAAUUGACUUUGUGAUGGGUCCGGGUGAUGAGAAAAAUGACUACAAAAUCAGUAUUAUUAUAAAAAUAUAUGGUAAAUACAAUGCAUACACAGAAUACAAUAAACUUUUUAUCAAGGUGCGUCCAAGUAAUAAGCUAAUAAAUAUGACAGAUUUGCUAAUUGGAAUAAAUUUGAAUGAUACACAAAGUGUAGCUAAUAUUGUUCAAGCAGUUAGCUCAACUACCAAUAAAAAUGCAGCAAGUUAUUACAAUAACACACCAACACCUAUAAACAAAUUUACUAACAUGGAAGAUACUGAUGCCAAAAACCUAGAAAAGGAGCAAGAGUUACAUCUUUUGCAAAAUGCACGUACUGAAAUGAUUGAUUUACUUAGCAAUACUCCUGUUAGUGAUAUGAGUUCAUUCAAAUCUAUAGGUGAUGCUUUAGCUUUAUCUUCACAAAACCCAGUGGAGCUGGUUCCUCAAUCUCAGAAUCAAGCUGCUAAUAUUGUUAUGAAGCUAGCUGAUCUUCUUACAAAAGAGAAUCUCAAAGUUGUUGGGGCUGACAGCUUUGAAACCAUGACUCAGCCAUUUGUAAAUUCUAUAUCAAAUUUGUUUGAGGCUAAUUUUGACUAUAUUACACCAGGUGUGGUUUUUCCAACAUCUCAAACUAUAAUAUCAACAAUAAAACCAAAUGUAGAAGACAGUAAAAAUAUGGUAUCAAAGUUAUUCAAAUCCAUGGAAAACUAUUUUAUAGCAGCACAAUCAUACAAAGUUCCUGGUGAGAAUCAAACUGCAGGUGAAACUAAGCAGUUUAGUUUUAUGUUAAAAAAAGAUUUUUUGAAUGGCUUUAGCAACAGUUCAAUUGGUUCAUCAGAUGGAGGUUUUAUUCUUCCAGAUUCCAAAGAUAUGUUUAAUGAGUCUGUUCAAAACUCACCAGUCCUGAUUAAUAAUGUUAGAAUGAAAGUUAUGGCUUACACAUGGGAUACUAAUCGAUCGCAAAACAUUCUCUCUGAAUCUCAAAGUCUUUCUAUUUCUGAUGUUAAUGGCCGUCCAAUAAAAGUGAGUAACAGUUCACAACCAAUUAACAUUGCAAUAAAAAAUCUUCCAGAAAAAAUGACUGGUAAAAAUAUAUCAUUAUCAAUGCCUAAUGAUGUUUAUCAAGUCAAGCUACCAAUAGCAUUAGAUUGUAACUUACUACUAAAGUUUUUGUUUAGAAAUGAUGAAAAUAAUUUAACAAAUCUGAUUGUUUACAUUCAAUAUGGAAAAGUUGCAUCAAAACUAGAUUAUGAUAUUGUUCUGAAUAUUUCUGCAAGACAAGGUGUUAUUAUGACAAAAAAUAAUUUAACUGUUUUUAAUUCAAAUAUAACAAAUACAUCAAGCAAUGUUGAAAGCAAUUUUUCUAGUGUUUUACUAAGAAAUCAAGAUGUUCGUCUUCUUAGUGAUGGCACAUUAAUGUUAUGGAACUUUUUGAAUUCUACCUACUCUUUCCGUAACAAAAGUGAAUUGCAUUUAUCAUUUUCAUAUGUUGGUCCAAUACCUAAUAAAAAAGUUGAUGUGAAUCCAUAUACUUUUGAUGAACCAGAGUCUAUCGGAACAUUUGACUAUGAAAUGAAAUCAUUUUGUGCUGAAUGUAACUACUGGAAUGAAGAUGUGAACAAAUGGAUGUCUGAUGGAUGUCAGUAUGAUGUUGAAACCUCAUCAUUUUUGGUAACAAAAUGUAAAUGUAACCAUCUAACAGCUUUUGGUGGAUUUUUUGUUGCCCCUAACACAAUACCAACGCCAACUUUUGCAAUGUUCAAAGCUGGCUACGUUCUUUUUGUUACUGUGGCAGUCAUUAUUCUUCUCUGGAUAAUUGGUUUAAUAUUUACCAGAAAAAUGGAUAAAAAAGAUGUUUCAAAGAUUGGUGUUUGUCCACUCCUUGAUAAUCAAGCUGAAGACAAUUACCUUUAUCAAAUAAUAGUUAACACUGGAAGCCGAAGAAAUGCUGGGACCAAAUCAAAUAUCUUUUUUACUGUUGUUGGUGACAAAAAUGACAGUGGAAUUAGACGUUUAAAAGAUUCAGAGAGAGUAUGUUUUCAACGAUCAAGCUGUGAUGUAUUUAUAAUGACUACAAAUGCUUCUCUUGGUGAACUUGAUUUCAUUCGGCUAUGGCAUGAUAAUAGUGGUGGAGGUUGGUACCUAAGAAACAUAGUUAUUAUUGAUCUUCAAACUGAAAAACAAUACCUUUUUAUUGGUCAUCGUUGGAUUGCUGUUGAUCGUGGCUCGUGUCACUUAGAUUGUGUUAUACCAAUAGCAUCACCUGAAGAAACUUCAAAUUUUAAUUAUAUUUUCACAACCAAAGCAGUUCAUGAUCUUUCGGAUACUCAUUUAUGGUUUUCAAUAUUUGCUCGCCCACCCAAAAGUAACUUUACUAGAUGCCAAAGGUUAUCUGUUGCUGUUUCUUUGUUAAUGACUUCUAUGAUGGCUAGCGCGUUAUUUUAUGGGCAAGUUCCACCAGCAACUCCAGCCAUUGAAAAUAAAAUUGGCAGUUUUUCAUUUACAUGGCAACAGGUUUAUGUAGCAUUAAUUAGUAUCUGCAUAACUAUCCCUGUAAAUCUUAUACUUGUUGGACUUUUUCGGUCAAUAAAACCAUUUGAAAAAAUAGUUAAAGAAAACUCAAAUGAAGUAUUAGAUUGGUAUGAUGUCAAUGAUGCUCCCGAAGGAUCAUUUUCUCCCAUGGCUUUAAUCAAAAAAGAUUCAACUAGAAAGAAAACAAGUAUUAAUAUUGAACAAAACAAACCAUACAUUGUAAAAACAAGGAAAGAAUUUUACCUACCACAUUGGUGUUUGUAUAUAGCAUGGUUUUUAUGUAUUGUUAGUAUUUUUGGUUGUAGUGUUGUUGUUUUGUUGCUUGGAAUAGCAUUUGGGAAUAACAAAUCCUUGAAUUGGUUGUCAAGUGUAUCUAUAGGCUUUUUUCAGGACAUAUUAUUUAUUCAACCAAUAAAAAUUUUCUUUUUGUCAAUUUUUGUGGCUCUUGUUGCAAAAAAUAUUGAUGAAGAAACAUGUGAAUUGGAAAAGCAAGGCAAAAUGUUAGCUCAUGAUGAAAGUUGGCUCCACAAACCAAAAGAUCAACCAACAAUUUUCGAACGAAUUAAUAUUGACCUACAACCUCCUGAUUCUACUUUGUUAGUAAAGAUGAGAGAGACAGGAUUUAAGAAUAUGAAGAUGUAUGCAAUAACGCAAGAAAUUGUUUUGUAUACUUUUUAUGCACUUUUGGUGUUUUUCAUUGGCUAUAUGACACGUGAGAAUGUUGCUUUUUACCAAACUCGUAAUGUGGAAGAACUUUUCAACUUGCAGUUAAGGCCAGGUGUAUCGUAUCCAGAUGGAACAGUUUUUAACCAGAUUCAGACCUCACAAGAUUUCUGGCCAUGGAUGGAGAAUUUUUUCCUCCCACAAGUUUAUCCUCAACCUUGGUAUAAUUUGAGUGAUUUCUAUGCAAAUACAGAUAAGAAAGAUUUUCCUGGAAAACUGUUUUUAAAUGAUCUCACCUCAAAAAUUGUAAAUGGAAUACGAAUUCGUCAAAUUCGUGUGCAACCACAUUCCUGCAUCAAAGCUCUAUUUCUUGUUGAUUUUAUAAAACUGAACUGUUUAUCUCCAUAUAAUCCAACAGUUGAAGAAACUCGAGAUUUUGAUUUUAAUUGGACACUUCCAAAACAAUAUAAGUCAGCUAUCAAUCCAUCAACAAUGCCUUGGCGGUAUCAAACUUGGAAUAAACUUGAUGGGUAUCCAUAUGCAGCUGAUUUAGACACUUACUAUGGUGGAGGUUAUGUUAUAGAAAUUUUUCCAAAAUGGAGAAACCAGGAUAUACUGGAUGAAGCGAAAAGACUACGAUGGAUUGAUAGACAAACUAGAGCUUUAAUAAUUGAGUUUGCUUUGUUUAAUCCUGCUACUAAUUAUUUUAACAUGGUUACUAUGGUCCUGGAGUUCCCUGCUUCUGGUGGAGCUAUUCCUAACUUCUCAGUUCUUACUUUUAAGUUGUAUGCUUCAACGAAAGGAACUGGUGUUGCUAUGUUGGGUUCACAAAUAUUGUUUAUUCUAAUGAUGCUGGUAUUUUCUAUUCGUGAGUGUCGUUUUUUAUAUCGAACUGGUUGGAGAUACUUUCUUGAGUUUUGGAACUUAGUGGAGGUUGCAUUAAUACUGUUAUCAGUUGUAGCAGUUGGGUUUUUCUUUUUUAAAGAUCAUCUGGCCAAGGUGUUAUUACAACGAAUGCCAGCUAAGAAACCACAGUCAUUUAUCAAUUUUCAGUUCGCUUCAUACUGGGAUUUAACAUAUGUUUACAUUGUGUCACUUAUUGUUUUUUUUGUGACUUUGAAAUUCAUUAAACUCUUACGAUUCAAUCGGCGUGUUUCAAUGCUAUCUUCAACUUUAAAAGCUGCAUGGUAUCCUUUAUCAAUGUUUGGAAUCAUAUUUUUCAUCAUUCUGUGUUCAGUUGUAUCUUCUUCUAGCAUUGUAUUUGGGAUGUUGCUGGAUGGGUAUCAAACUUACUUUAAAACAAUUGCAUCCAUUAUUUCAUUAUUGUUAGGAAAAUUUAGUUAUAGUCAAUUUGAAAAUGCUAACGCUGUUCUUGGUCCAAUUUUCUUUUUUGGCUUUAAUGUUAUGGUAAAUUGGAUCAUUAUGAAUAUGUUCAUAUCCAUUCUAAACGAUGUUUUUGCAGUUGUUCGUGCAAAUCUCGAGUACCAGGAUAAUGAUUAUGAGAUGGUAGAUUUUAUAAUGGAACAUUUUAAAGAUUGGCUUGGGUGGCGUUCGUUAAAUAAAACAGAGCUGAAUAAUCAAAAUAUAGUUUCCAAGUCUGAAAUUAAUAAUCCUUUGUCAGUACCUUCCACAACGAAGCCCAAGUUGAACAAGAAACGGUUUGAUGCUGAAUUUAAAGAAGUGGUAAACAACAUGUUUUAUGAUUUCGAUUCAAAUAAUAUUCAGCUUGAUGAGAAAUUUUUAAAAUACGAUUAUUUAUUGAAUGAAGAUGAAUUUGAUGCUGAAGUUGAUGAAACGCUUAACAAGUUUAUCAAUUGUAUGAACCUUCUUUAUUUUGAUGAUGCGACAGUUGUUAAAAAAAUGAAUGAAAUUGUUAAAAAGGAAAUAGAAACACCUGAGUAAUCAAGUAAUCAAGUAGUGUAAUCAAGAUUAAAGCGAAUCAAGUUGAACUCUUUGGAAUAUUUUCUUAAUCACUUCGUGGAAACCUAUUUUAGACAUACACCGCAUCAUUUUUACGAACAUUUUGUAACUAUAGUUGCUUCAUUAACUUUUUGCUCUAACUUUUAUUGCAAUAAAUUAUUUAUAACUAAAAA